GCCGCUGCAGCCGCCGCCGCCCGCCCGCCGCCCGCCGCCGUCCUUGCGGCAGGAAGAUGCCCGGGGAGGUGCCGCCGCCGGCGCCCCGGGGGCUGCGGAGCCUCACGGUGCUGCUGCUGCUGCUGCUUCUGCUGAGCGCUGCCCGGGCUCAGCGCUGGCGCAAUGAGAACUAUGAGAGGCCUGUGGACCUGGAGGGCUCUGGGGACGAUGACCCCUUCGGGGAUGAGGAACUGGACGAUGUCUACUCAGGCUCUGGCUCUGGCUAUUUCGAGCAGGAGUCAGGGCUGGAGACCGCAGCCACCCUCACCACGGACACCUCCGUCACGCUGCCCACCACGGCGGCCGUGCUGCCUGUCACCUUGGUGCAGCCUGUGGCAACCCCCUUCGAGCCCUUCCCAGCUGAGGACACCACCCCCAAGCAGACAACCAGCGCCUUGUACAUCCCCAGGAUGACAGAGACCCCAGUGAUCCCCAGCUGGAGAGCAACCACCACCAGCACCGCUACCAGCGACUCGCCCGCUACCACCACGAGCUCCACCACCACCGCCGCCACCACUGCAGCCACCACCACCACCACCACCACCACUGUGGCCACCAGCACCACCAGCACCACCGUGGCCACUGCCAAGCCCACCACUGUCCGGAGGUUCCUGCCUCCCUUGGUCACCAAGGCAGCCACCACUCGGGCCACCACCCUAGAGACACCAACCACCUCCAGCCUCGAAAGCAGCACGCCCACGGAGCUGGCCACGGCAUGGCUGGUCCCCACCAGCACGGCGAAGCCCAGGUCCCUGCCAAAACCAAGCACCUCCAGGACUGCAGACCUCACAGAAAAAACCACUGCCUUGCCAUCCAGUCCCACCAUGCUGCCACCCACAGAAGCCCCCCAGGUGGAGCCAGGGGAGGUGACGACAGCUGCUGACAAGGAGCCGGAGGUGCCGGCCAGCAGCGGCCCCAGCGGGGACUUUGAGAUCCGUGAGGAAGAGGAGGAGACGACUCGCCCCGAGCUGGGGAACGAGGUGAUGGCUGUGGGGACGCCACCGGCCGCCCCCGGGCUGGGCAGGGAGGCGGAGCCGGGGCUGCUGGACAACUCCAUAGACUCCGGGAACUCCGCUGCUCAGCUGCCCCAGAAGAACAUCCUGGAGAGGAAAGAAGUGUUGAUAGCCGUGAUCGUGGGCGGCGUGGUGGGAGCCCUCUUUGCUGCCUUCCUGGUCAUGCUGCUCAUCUACCGGAUGAAGAAGAAGGAUGAGGGCAGCUACACCCUGGAGGAGCCCAAGCAAGCCAACGUCACCUACCAGAAGCCUGACAAGCAGGAGGAGUUCUACGCAUAGGAGCAGAGCCCGGCGUGCCUCGUGCUCCUCCCUCCCCGCUCCAAACCUCCCCUCCUCCUCCUCCUCUCCUUCAUCCACUCUCUCUCUUUCUCUCUCUCUCCCUCUGUCUCCCUCUCUCUCUUUUUUCUUGGAUCAGACUGUGAAUUUAAAAAGCAAAACUGGCAACAGCUAACAGAGCAAGGACAUCUUCGAGCGUGAUGGAGACUCAGAGCUCGGGCCGAGCGCCUCUGGCCUCGCUGCAGAGGGAGGGACAGGGGCAAGGAGCCGGCACCGAGGACCCUGUGCCUGGGGACCGCGGGACAGGGCGCUGGAGCUGGAGCUGGCUGGGCUUUUCCCACCACCACAAUGGACUCUGGGAUCUGGACACCUUCUACCAGCCCUGGGGAGCAGGGGGGUUGGUUUGGAUUUAUCUUCCUCUUCUUUUUUUCUUUUGU